AUGACUGACGCGCCGCCCGUCUCAAUCUCGCCCGUGUCCGAGGCGCCGAGCAGUGAGCCAGACGCGCUCUCGGCCUCGCAGCCCUCGACGCCCGGCCGACCCAACCUUUCGCGCACCAACAGCAUCAGCUCCGACGGCGGCAGCCUCGAUGGCGUCGACCUCCUCGGCGGCGGAAACGGCGCAGGCCUGCCCCUGGCUGACAUCCUCGACACCUUCCUCUCUGCCCGCAUCGAUCUGGCCAAUCGGAGGUGGAGCCGCUUCUCGGGCGACAUGAAGCAAAAGGCCAGGCGCAGGAAGGAGGACCUCGUCCGCCGCGCCAGGGACAAAAAGGAGCUCAAGCAGAUGGAGGGUGAGGUCAGGAAGAUGCGCAAGAGGGUCUCGACGCGGAUCGACAACCUGCAGCAAAAGUGGCAGGACGCCAAGGUCGUGCGCCUCCGCGACAAGAUCUCGUUCGUCGUCGGCGUCCUCAACCUCGUCGUCAGUUCGCUCUGCUUUGCCUUCCGUCCGGAGCUCGUCCCCGCCCUCUACUCGGCACUCGCCCUGUACUUUCUUCCGCUCCGGGUCUAUUCGUACACUUCGAAGAAGUGGCACUACUUCCUCUUUGACUUUUGCUACUUCCUGAACGUGGCCAACCUGCUCUUCAUCUGGGCCUUUCCGGACAACAAGUUCCUGUUCACCGUAUGCUACUGCGCUGCCCAUGGCCCGCUGGCGUUCUCUGUGGCGACAUGGCGGAACUCGCUGGUGUUCCACAGCCUCGAAAAGAUGACCUCGCUGUUCAUCCACCUCUACCCGCCGUUCGUCUUCACAACGCUGGUGCACUUCACGCCGCGAGAGGCGGCAGAGGUCCGCUACCCGGCGCUCAAGGGCCUGGACCGCCUCGAUGGCUACACGUCGUUUUGGUUUAACGUGACCAUCUACCUGGCCUGGCAGCUCAUCUACUACGAGCUGAUCGUCAUCCGCAAGAAGCAGAAGAUUGAGACGGGCGAGCGCAUCAACUCGUACUCGACCAUGUCCAAGGGCAAGGGCCCCGUCGCCAACCUGCUCGGCAAGGCGUCGCCCAAGAGACGGGAGCCGGCGUUUAUGCUGCUGCAAUUCGCUUACACGAUCCUGACCACGCUGCCGGCCCCUCUGAUCCUCUUUCCCUCGUCAAAGGCCUCCGGUAUCUUCUUCCUCGGCAUCCUGACGGUGUCGGUGUGGAACGGCGCCUCAUACUACGUCGAGGUGUUUGGCCGCCGCUUUGAAAAGGAGCUCAUGGAGCUGCGGCGCGAGAUUGAGAUGAUGCGGUCGACGGAGCAGGCCGUCGACAGCGCCCUCAACGGCGAAGCGCCGCCGCAGGGCGAUGACAAGGAGGCGGACAGCGGGGAGGACAAGAAGCUCGUCUAG